CUGAUAGGUGGGUUAGCGUCAGACCAUCACAUAUUUUGGCACCAAAUCAUAGGCUGGGACGCCCGAAAAGUCAUGAGCAUACAGAUAAUUUUGCCAAUUUCGCCAAUUAGGGUGAAUUUGCGCUUCAGCAAUUAGUGUUCGCGCAUUUCCGAAAACAAUUUCGCCACGAUCACUGGGAAGCUCCUCGAGCAGGAUUGAAAUACGGAGACCAUCUAUGAGUCGCGAUUACAGCGUAUUUGCGAGCAGCCUGCAACAUUGCUAGCCAAUGGUUCGCUGAGCCACAUUGCCCCUGCAUUGGAGAUUGCCGCUGUUGAUUGGGUUGGAAAGGACAGCCAGUUGCGCUUCCGUUCUCCGAUGAACAUGGCCCCAAGCAGCCCCGUCUCGCUGUCGGGCCUGUUCAAGAAGCUGGGCUUUGGUUCAGAUGAUCCCACCGGCCACGUUCAGCUGGGCAGCCUGGAGGAUCUGCAGGGGCAGGAGGAUCUGUUACCCAUUCCUAAGCCAGGAGGGGUCCGUCCUGAUGUCGAUCUCUAUGCCCCCACGAAGCUGAGCCCACCAAAUGCUAUGGCGUAUGAUCAGUACUUUCCGCCGGAACCCAUCAUGUCACCAAAGGGAGCCAAGUUCAUCCCAGGGGGCACAUUUGAGACCCGCCAGGUGGCGCGCUUCCAGCAGCUGGAUAUAGAGCUGGCGCCAUAUGAGGGCCUCGCAGACAAGCUGGAGGAGCAGCGCGCGGAAGUUGAGCGGCUCCUGAACUACGUGCGCGUCGCGGAGGCUGCGCGCGUGGCGGCGCGUGAGAACGUGAGCAAGCUGGAGCGCGCUCUCAAGGUGGCGGAGAAGCGAUCGCUCUUCCAGAGCGCCACGCGCCACGAGCAGCAGCUGGCUCUGCUGCACAGCCAGCUGGACGCGGCGCGAGACGCAGCGGCAGCAGCGGUGGCGCAGGAAGACAUGGGCCGCGUGCUGCUGGAGGAGCCACAGCGACUGCUGGACAAGCUCGAGGCGGAGGGCCGCGUGCAGAAGGCGCUGACGGACGAGCAGUUGCUCAUUCUGGAUGCGCUGUACGCGGGCCCCGACAAGGGUGACGCCGCGGAGAAUGCGGCGGAGGCGACGGUGCAGCAGCUGACGCAGCGCGAGCGGCAGGUGCGGCAGGCGUUGGAGCACCACAAGGAGGCGCACCGCCUGCUCGACUCGGCAGUGCUGAACCUGGAGCGCGCCAACCUGGCUGUGGAGAAGCUGAACACGCAGAUGCGGCUCAGCGAGGAGCAGGGCAUGGGGCCCACCUUCGGCUGGAUCUCCAGCACGCAGCUGCGCAGCGCGCUUAAACUGUUUCUGAAGGCCGUGGAGGAGGAGUGCCGCGCGGGCCUGGCCGCGAGCUCAUUCACCCCGCUGGCGCGGUCGGAGGAGCAGGAGCCGGGCAGCGUGGACCGGCUGCUGCGCCAGCUGGACUGGGACACCGUGGACGCCGCCUUCAAGGACAUCGCCAAGCGCGAGCGGCGCGAGCAGGAGCUGCCGCUGCGCCUGCGCGAAGUCUACAGGGACCUGCUGGAGAGCCUGCAGUGGCAGGCCCGCUUCGUAGCCAACAUCGAGGCCGACGCGCGCCGCACCGAGGACGCGGCGAGCAAGGCCAAGCAGGCCCUGUGGGACGAGCGCGUGCGGCUGCUCUACUUGGGCGAGGACCGCUUCCCCGUGCCGGCCUCGCCCACAGGGCCCCUCCAGCACGCGGGGGCGCCCUCGCCGCAGGCCGCACCGCAGCCGGGCCGGCUGGCCAAGCAGCAGUCGUGGGGCAAGCUUGCGCGGCUCAUAUCGCUGUAAACUUAGCAAGGGGAGGGACGAGGGAAUCGAAAGCCUCUCUAAGGGAUGUACGUGCGCGUUAGGUGGUGUAUUUAUCGUUUGUAGUAAAUAGGCUGCAUGCUUGCGUAAGGUAAAACUAAUCUUUCUGGUGACGGGAGGUUCCACGUUGAACCCUCCGAUUGGAUCUUUUGACUUUCUAAUGCUCGCAAAAGGUAUGCGCGCAUGAAUCAGCAUGGUAAGCAGAGGAGAUUGUCUCGGUCAAAACAUUUUCCUGCUGGUGUACUAUUGUAGCCCUGGCUCCGUUUAGUGUCGGGAUUUUGGUAGGUUUCGUUUGCUAGGUAGGAAAUACUGUCUAUAGAUGAAAGACUGGUUGCACUAGGCAUUCAGCCACACACCUGUGCCCGAUGCAAAGACCUUUAUCUCCACAAAGUUUUUGCCGUGACACACUUCUUCGUUGCAAUUGCGCGACAAAGCACGCUUCAAGUUCACUCAUCCUAGUUCUCAUAUUGCUCAGCUCGAGGUUUUCC